AUGUCGCGUGCGCUGCUUGCUUGGGCUCUGCUGGCUCAAGCCGUGGCUGUGGACGAUGAGGUCAAAAGCCUUCCGGGGGUCGGCGUGUUGAAGAACAAGCACUAUGCGGGCUUCGCCGUCGUGAAUCAAACGACGGACAGGACGUCGCAGAAACGAUACCCUGGAUCGGCAGCAGUUCCAGGACAAGACUUGGCGCGUCACAGCCACUGCCGGCGUUGUCGUGACGGUGUGCCCCACAAGCAGGAGCUCCCGGACAAGACGACGCCGAUGUGUUUGGCCAGACUCGCAACACCCAGCUCGCUGGAAUACUCUAUUUUACUUCAGAUGGUGGUGGCACGGCGCGCCGCCGGAUUGGCCGGCCAUCACUUGAACCUUGAACGCGGCAGCAACGCGAUCGAUGGGUGGGUUCAGGUGCUGCAAUCUCCAGCCUCUCCCGGAGCCCCGCGCAAGUUGCUGGAUGCGUUCAUGGGACCAUAUGCUCGUGGCAUAUAG